AUGUCUCGGCCGCGGACAUAUACACGCGCUGUCCUGUUCUCAGAGACGUUCGACUUCCCCACACCACCCCAAUGGGACCGCCAGUCCAUCCUUGAGGCUCGCCGGACCCUCAGCGUAUCAUAUUCCCCAAGCCCACUCCCAUCACCGGCCCUGGGACGGCAGCGCUGCUCGCUGGAGCCCGUCGACUCGUGGCAGGCGGUCCAUCACUACGCCUCGACGGAGAACAUGCGCCCCAUGACCCCGCCUCGCCUGCAGUCAAAGUCGCUGUCCCGACGGCCGUCCGCGAGCUUCUACCCGGAGAACAAGCCACUCCCGACCCACCCGGAGCUCAGGAAGCGCUCCGACAUGAUCCCCGAGGAGGAGAGCGCGUGCCUCGACGUGGAGCCGUGGUCCGCCGGGGGUCGGCAGUACCGGCGCCGGCCCAGCUCCGUCUUCGACUACGAGUGCCGCGAGGACCAGCCGCAGCAGCCGGUGCAGCCGCAGCACCAGUGGCCCUGGACCCACACCCACGCGCCGUCCCCGGACUGCCCCUGCUGCUCCUCGCACUUCAUGUCGCGCUGGAGCAUCUGCAGCGACGAGUCCCGCCCGCCGUCGCCAAACAGCUCCAUCCAGCGCCUGAGGAAGAUGGCCAGCUCAAACACCCUCCGCAGCGUCCGGAGCUCCAUCCAGCUGAGGCUCAAGUCGAGCAUUCUGCAGCUGACGCGGCGGCAUUGA